AUGGACAACGAAUGGAACGAAGACGACGACAACGACAACGACAACGACGAUGGACGACAAAAAGCAAAUGGUUUGAAAACGUCAACAAAAAUCAAUUUGUCACACAACAUCGUUGGAUACUUUCACUAUUUUGGAUGCAUAACAGCGGCAUUAACCAAUACUGAGGGAUUCGUAAGGGGUUUGUUAUUCACAACACUUUGUCGCAAGUUCAUUUGGGUAAAAGAUAUUUUAUCGUUUCAGGAACAACACCAUCGUCAUUCUCAAUCCAGAAAAUCACCUUCAUGCAGUAAAUUUGCUGCUUCAUCUUCCUCUUCAGCUGGUCACAGCAAUACAAGGAAAUCAUCGCUUGAGUAUCUCUUUUUAACUUUGUUUGUAUCGUUUGGAAACGCUUGGCUUACGCACAAAUGGUACAGAGAGAAUUUAAAGAACUAUCCAAAGAGACGUAAUUCCAUAUAUCCAUACAUUCCUUAG